CCAAAAAUAGCAACAGGUACUACUGAAAAACAAGACAAAAUGGCUCAGACAAACCCCAUGCCCAUGGGCCCUUGGAAGAUCACCGUGUACGAUCAGGAGUACUUCCAGGGCAGGCGUAUGGAGUUCACCGCCAGCUGCCAGAACAUCAUGGAGUGUAGCAUGGAGAACAUCCGCUCCCUGAAGAUCGAGUGUGGAGCCUGGGUGGGCUACGAGCACUCCAGCUUCUGCGGCCAGCAGUUUGUCCUUGAGAAGGGAGACUACCCUCGCUUUGAGGCCUACAGUGGCAGCAACUCCUACCGCAUUGAGAGGAUGAUCUCCUUCAGGCCCAUCUGCUGUGCUAACCACAAGGAGUCCCGCAUGACCAUCUUCGAGAUGGAGAACAUGACCGGCCGUCAGUUCGAGCUGUGUGAUGACUACCCCUCUCUGCAGGCCAUGGGAUGGAUGAACAACGAGGUUGGAUCCAUGCACAUCCAGAGUGGAGCCUUUGUGUGCUACCAGUACCCUGGCUACCGUGGCUACCAGUACAUCAUGGAGUGUGACUGUCGCGGAGGAGAGUACAAGUGUUACCGUGAGUUUGGCUCCCACUCCCAGACUCCCCAGAUUCAGUCCAUCAGGAGGAUCCAGCACUGA